UUAACGCGACGGUAGUUCUUGUUUGCCUCAAAUCGCUAAACACGAGGGAAUACAUUUUUGAUAGGACGCGAGUAGUGCUGCUACACGUUUAUUUGUUUAAACGGACGCUGAAAGAAAACGAAACACGUAUUGUUUUUAGGGGGCGCGGCGUGCGUACUUGGAAGAUGGUUGGCCGAUAAUCAGAUGGGUGCAGUGUAAAUAGAACACGCUCGGGUCGUCGGCAUGCAGGGUUUCAGAUUGUCGGGCUCCUACAUUUAACCAAAGACAGCCCUCGCAAUCUGGCUUCGCGUUUACCGAGUGGGACGCGCGUGGCGGUGUCACAAGAAUGGUUCCGCUCUGGAAAAAGGCGACGUCCCCGACCAUUGAGGAAGCGGCGCGGGACAUUGUCGUCAAGCGCUCGCUGACCAAACAGCUCGCUGGCUGCGUGCGCGACUUACAGCAGGAGCUGGUAAACGCCGAGCCUGUCAUCACGGGCGGCGAGUCAGUCUCCAGGGUUUGCUUCUGUCUCGAGGCCAUCUUCAUCCACGGUCUCAAGGACAACAUCGUCAAGAAGAUGUCCAGCGUGUUCGGCAACUCCGAGAGGCUGCCGACACCCGACUUCUGGCCCGUGGCGAUGGUCUACUCGCACAAGGACGUGCUCGCCCAAAUCGCCGGCCUCAACCAGAUCAGCACGGAUAUCGGACGCUGCCGAGCCUGGCUGCGUCUCGCGCUCAACGAGUCGCUGCUCGUCAGCUACGUCGAGGCCAUGAUACAGGACCCGAAGACACUGCGCUGCUACUACCGCCAAACUGCGUACAUGGCCGACCGGGAACAGCCCGACAUCGUGAAGCAGUUCCUCGAGGGCCUCUCGGGUUACUCUUUCAGGCUUCCCGUCAACUGCGCCGCUCUCAACUGCUGGAACACCAUGCCGCUGCAGCUGGCUGGCGUGCUCAAGUCGGCAGAAGCGAUGGAACCCGUGAUGCCUGCGUACGACGUCGCCGAAUUCUUCCAGCACGAGGCGGGCCAGUCGAGACGUAUGCGCAGCAAACUGUCCAUAAGCUCGAGCCGUGCCAUGACGUCUUCCAUCGCGAUCCAGGCGAGCGAGCCGCCACCCUCUGAAUCCGAGAAGCAGGCGCACAGCGUGGGCUGCGGUAGCGACAGCGGCGUCGACGUCGCGAUGGCGGGCGCUUCGCUGCCUGCAGGUGCUGCAUCGUGCACCAGCGCCGCCGAGCCUUCCGUGAGCGAGACGAACCCUGACGUGCCGCCGGAACAGACAAAGGUGAUCGAAAUCAAGUCUUGUUCUUCGCCCGAGGGCGCCGCCGCCACUUCGGCCGGCAGCAGCAUCAGCGCGUCGCAGGUGCGCGAACUCCUGCGAACCCUGAACCUAGACGCCAACGAAGGUAGCGCCGUGGCGCAGGCCGACGUCUCCGGGUCGCCGGCGUCAGUGCCCGACUUCGACCUGCUGGACAAGUUCCCGCAUGAGUCGCGUAGGUCCUUCGGUAACGUCCUGGACCCGACUCAGGGCUGGUCUUCGCCCUUCGAGGACGAGUACGAAGACGUGGGCGCGACUGCCGACAAGUCUGACCACUCAGACGACCUGGAGCAACAGAGCUACGACUCUCUGGUGCUGAGCUACACGCAGAACAUCAACAACCAGGUGUGUGGAACGCCAGAGAUGAGGGACCUCAUCACAUCGGCCAUCAGGCCAUAUCCAGAAAGCCAGGCGACACCAGGAAAUGCAUGUGUAAAGGCUGACGACCAGCGGUCCAGUGCAGACUCCCUCGAUGAACUGGCAGACUUUGAGGUGGUUCCGACUGAGAAGGCACCCGAUGUUCGGACGAACCAGCUGCUCUCGCUAAUGGACCACAUUCAGCAGGAGAAAGGCCUCGACCAGCAGGGAUACGCCUGUCGAGGCUGCAACUGCCCCAUUGGCAUGAUCUACGGUGCAAGCUCUGUGUGUUCUUACGACGGCUAUUCGUACUGCCCGGAGUGCGGUGGCAGCGAGUCGAAUGUGAUCCCUGCACGCAUAAUUCACAACUGGGACUUCCGCAAGCACCCUGUCAGUCGUGAGGCUAAAGAGCUGCUCAAGAAAUAUGAAGAUGAGCCUCUGCUAGACCUGAGGAUACUGAACCCUUCGUUGUAUGACGCUGUACCUGAGCUGGCCGCAACGCAAGUUCUUCGCUCGCAGCUAGGUUUCCUGCGGCCUUACCUUCAGACGUGUUCGGAGGCGGCGUCUAGUGCACUCCGAAAGCUCAUUUGGCCUAGGGAGCACCUGUACGAACAUGUUCACCUCUACUCGACCUUUGACCUUCUACAGGUGCCGUCGGGCACCUUACAGCGAGCUCUAGAAAAGGCGAUCAAGUUUGCUCGCGGCCACGUUUUGGACUGUAACCUGUGCGCAGCAAAGGGCUUCAUUUGUGAAAUAUGUCGGGACCCCGCCGUCAUCUAUGCCUUCGAUACGGAUGCGACCUACCACUGCAGUGCGUGCUUUGCAGUGUACCACCGCACCUGCAUCGAAGACGGCGGUCGUGUCUGCCCAAAGUGCGAACGGAGGCGUCAGCGAAUGGAGCAGGAGCAAGGUAUGGUGCUCUGCUCUGCUGGAACAGACUUGACAGCCGACAGUGCCUCUUCUUUGGCCUCGUGAGCCACAUUUACUGGUGCCGGACGAGGGCAUAAGUGUGUUGCAGCUUCACAGAGCUUUUAAACUCGAGUGGUUUUUAAUCAAAUUUCGACAGAGAGAGAAUGUCAAGGAUAUAGGCGGCAGCCUUACUGCACUGCCGAGCUGUCCUUGGGCCUCUCGCCAAGCAAGCAAAAAAAAAUUUUUUUAAUGAGGCCUUUUUAUUUCACACUGGUGCCUACACGAAUAAAUGUAUGUGUCUGACAAAUAUGUUGACAGAAAUCUCGUAAUAUAUUUUUAUGUGAUAGACCUUGCCUGCCUUGAUCCUGUAUGUUGACAUGCAAAAGGCUUGUGCAAUGAGUAAAGUACGAGAACAAAAGAAAUACGGUUUAGUAAAUUAAAUUCUUUUGUACAAUGUGCUUUAUUGUGCUGAGUUGUCUUGCUUCCUCUUGACGUCUGCAACUUUGUUCACCUGUAUUGCGAUGUGACAAUGUUUUACACAGCUGUACAGUGACGUUCUUUACCAGAUCCUUUUCCGUUUUUUUCUUUGGUGCGAUACUUUUCCACUGAUGCCGCUCAGCAUUAUGUGAGGGUGCACGUGUGUAUCCUUUUUGUUUCCAUUGCGUUUUCAUUUUGACACACUGCGCAGAUCUGUAGGUUUGCGUUGUGUACAGUGUUGUUUCGGCUCUCGAUAAGUCUCUGCACUCGCAGACCAGUAGCAGCUUAUCUCGCACGAUAGCGUUCCCCCUAGCUUGUUUAUAGGACUUGACUGCCUUGGGUUGAUAGGCAUAUGCUCUGUUAACGGCCAAAUGCGCACAUGCCCACGCUGGCCUUUGGAAUGUACGUCAUACGCAAGCCAACGUCGUUCCCCUUUUUUUUUUAAGAGGUUUUGAAAUUGUCUGUAAAUAAACACCUGCAGGUUUCGCUGUUCCAGCUGAUGCACUGGAGUUGUAAGCAGUUAGCAACACUGUAGUCUAUCUAAGAAAUAACAGAGCUUGAAUGACAAACCAAUGGUCUAAACAUUUGGGCAGAAUCUGCUUGGGAAAAUGUGAAUGCAUUAGACAUGUUCUUGUUGCAUUGAUAGCCCCCCCCCCCCCCCAUUCUGCACAUACAAUGGUCCUGCUUUGCAUGUCAAUGUUUCAUCACUUUUAUAUACUCGGAAAAGCAAACAAGAAAAUGCCAUUAGCCUUGGCCUCCCGGAAGUUCAGUGCUCCCGGUGAAGCCCGUCUUGAUGCCGACUUGUGUCUCAGUCGGUCGAAAACAAGUGCUGGAUCACUUUUUGGUGAAACUUGACGAUGGCCGACGAGAUGGCCAGUAUGGAAAGCCCAAGCCACAUACCGAUGUGGCCUUCAACGUAGGUGAUGAGGCCUGGAAUCUAGUCAGUUGGAAAAGAUUCCGUUAUAAGAUUCACUGUUGCACACAAUCGAAUGGCUAAGUUCAGUUGGCGGGCAUUCUUGCAUGCAGUUUAGUGAAGUGUCAUUCGGAAAGGAAGGUGCUAGUGUGCGACAUGUUUGUAAAGGGUGUUCUUUGUGGGAUAUGGCGUUAAGUAUGAAUAAGUACUUGGCUUAGUCGCCUGUUAGUCCUUGGACCGACGAUAGCUGCAAAUGUUUGGCCUUCGAUUACCUGAGUGGUAAAAUGCAUUGCGAGGAUGUCUCUUUUAACUGCGGUCCGUAUGGAAAAUGUAUAACGAACACCAUAAAUAGCGUCGCAUGUCAUAUUAUUGGAAAGCUCACAAUAAUUGGUGACAUCUUUCCAGUAAUACGUUGCUGGUUAGUGCCACAUUGAGAUUAUCAUGUAAAAAAUUUAUGGUGAUGGAAGUUGAGGAUGCGAAGACAUAGAAGUCCUUGCUCAACAGAAGCAAACGCUCGGAGCUAGGAUGCAGCAGGUAAUGCGAGUUGCCGAGAUAAUAGUCUAAACUAUCCACUCCUCAGUUUUUUUUCGUAGCGUUUGCACGAUCGUAGUGCCUAGUGGAAUGUGUGAAUCUGUCGUUUUUCAAAGCACCAUGCGUUUCCAGAUCUUGUUUGAUGUGAUAGUAUUGCUUGUGAUGCGCUUGAUAUUCAUAAUUUUCAAAUUCUGAAUUGUGUAUGAGAGAUGACGCAGCAGAAUUAGGUGAUCCUAAGAAUGCCUUUUUUACUUAUGCUUGAGCAGUAGACCUUUUUUUUUAUCCUUAUUACUUAGUAGUAUUCUUUGUGUACCAAAGCUUUGUGAUAUUACACAUACGAAGCAGUUGCACAGGAAGGUGCUUCAUUGUCAUGUACUUCCAACGUGAAAGCUCAACCAGCUUUUAUUAUGUGUAACAGAACGAAUUCUAUUAAAUGUUGAUACACGAGCAUGUUUUUUCUAUGCUGCAUAAACCUGAAUUUUCUAA